ACCGCGCGUCAAACAAUCAACAAGUUGACGAGUACGAGUGAAAACCAACUACCGAGAUGUUGUAAACGUAACUAUUGCGAAUGUAUUUAGUUUCUUUUCCAUUAUUAUUUUUAUCACGGCCUCUUGUACAGUUGUAAAUGAUUUAACAGCGCCAACACGUUUACGUACGAUAAGCAGUGUUGUGACAAACGUUGAAAGUGAAAGUGGAUUAAUUUUCAAGCAAACAAGAUGACAAUUCCAAUAAUAAGAUGGCUGUGUAAUAAUAAACUGUUAGCUUUCUUCGGUGUAGCUACCUUUUGUUUCUUGGUUUCGACUAUAGCUUUAUCUACUCAAAAUAAAGCGCUUAAAAAGUCUGUAACAAGUGACAUGCAAAAAACUGUUCAGCAAACACUAGACCAAGAUAAAUCGAUAGAGAGUAAUCGCUACCGACUUCCAGAACACGUCAGACCUACUCACUACAAUCUAAAACUAAAUCCUGAUCUAAAUAAAAAAGUUUUUGAAGGCGAAGUGCAAAUUGCACUCAACAUUUCACAGCCAGUUAAAGCAAUUAAUUUACACGCAAAAGAUUUAGACAUACAAAAUGUUUACGUCAAAAGCAACAAUCAGAAUGUACCGGUGGUAUCCACAAAAUUGUUGUUGUCUUCAGAGAUCUUUCAAGUGAACUUACAAGAAGUAACUGACAAUGCGAAGUAUGAACUACAUUUGAAGUUCACCGGAAAACUUGACAAUGGAAUUGUUGGAUUUUAUGCGAGUACUAUGCGUACAGGAGAUACAAUGGUAGCCAGCAAAUUCCAACCAACAUAUGCCCGGCAAGCUUUCCCCUGUUUUGAUGAGCCAGACUUCAAAGCCACAUAUGACAUAACACUUGUGAAACCCCUCAACUAUAUAGCACUGUCAAAUAUGAAUGAAUUAUCUAAAACAUUGGAUCCUGCUUCUAACACUGAAUCAGUAACUUUUGCCACAAGUGUACCAAUGUCCACAUAUUUGGCCUGUUUUGUGGUAUGCAAUUUUGAAUCUAAAGAAAAUGAAAUAUUGGCCAAUGGCAUUGGGAAUAAUUUUAAACUUAGAUCCUUUGCUCAAAAAGACCAAAUGCAUAAGAUUGAUUUUGCCCAAGACAUUGGUAAAAGAGCUACUGAGUUUUAUAUCAAGUAUUACGAAGUACCUUUCCCAUUACCUAAAUUGGACAUGAUUGCAAUUCCUGAUUAUGUCUCUGGUGCAACGGAACAUUGGGGCUUGAUUACUUAUAGAGAAACAUCGUUUUUGAUAGAUGAAGAUACAGCUUCUUCUAAAAAUAAGAUCAGUGUUGCCAACACUGUGGCACAUGAACUUGCUCAUAUGUGGUUUGGUAACUUAGUUACAAUGAAAUGGUGGGAUGAAGUGUGGCUGAAUGAGGGCUUUGCUUCGUACAUGCAAGUUAAAUCUCUCAAUGCAAUUGAACCCUCUUGGACAAUGUUGGAUCAGUUUUUAACACGGACGCUUCACUCAGUUUUAGUAACUGACGCUAAACUGUCAAGCCAUCCAAUAGUACAAACAGUUGAGACGCCGGACCAGAUCACAGCAAUAUUUGACGCCAUAUCCUACAAUAAGGGUGCUUCAGUGUUGCGAAUGCUGGAAGGUUUCAUUGGCGAGGAGAACUUCCGUCGGGGAGUGUCGGACUACUUGAAGAAAUAUGAGUUUGGCAACACCGUCACACAGGACUUACUGUCAUCCAUGGAGCCGUACUUUAAGAAGAACUAUCCUGAUCUAAGUCUGAAAUACAUUAUGGACACAUGGACCAGACAGAUGGGCUAUCCUCUGCUGAGUGUAAAGCCUGGAGAACAAACUAACACAUAUAUUGUCACUCAGUCCAGAUACCUCAUCAAUCCUCAAGCUGUUGACAAUGAGACAUCGGAAUUUAGAUAUCGUUGGUAUAUUCCAAUCACGUAUAAAACUAACAAAGGCUCCAAAGAUGCUAUUGUCUGGUUUCCAAAUAACCAGGACAGCGCUACAAUAACUCUCGACGAAGGGGAAACAUGGUUGAAGAUAAACAACAACCAAGUUGGUUACUACAGGGUGGACUACACGGCUGACAUGUGGCGAAAUCUUAUACAGGAGUUGAAGAAUCGAUCUGAACAGCUAACAAUAUCCGACAGAUCACAUCUACUGAACGAUAUAUUUGCGCUGGCCGAGUCUGAGUACGUACCAUACGCAGUUGCGUUAGAUCUCUCUACGUACCUGAACGUCGAGUCCGACUUCGUGCCGUGGGAAACUGCUACGUCCAUACUCGCGACUCUUUCUGAAAGAUUGUCUAAUACACCAGCACAUGAUAAUUUAGAGAAAUAUAUACAAAGUCUAGUGAAACCUUUGUAUGAGAAGCAAACGUGGGAGAAAACCAACCUGGGCGUAAUUGUAGGUUUACUUCGUGCGCGUAUUCUAUCUCUGGCUGCAACGUACCGUUUACCUGAAGCUGAAGAAAAGGUCCGCAGUCUAUUCCUGACGUGGCUCAACUCGCGCUCUGAUCAAGCCCUCAUUGAAACGGAUUUACGCGAUUUCGUAUAUUAUAGAGGUAUGAAAUCAGCCACACAAGAGGAAUGGGACAAGUUAUGGCAAAUAUAUUUGAAGGAAGAAGACGUGCAAGAGCAAGCUAAACUGAGAAGUGCACUGGCCGCGCCUCGCGAUGCUAACAUCUUGAAAAGAUUUUUGGACUUAGCUUGGGACGAGAACAACAUACGAAGUCAGGACUACCUAAACGUGGUGUCUUACAUCAGUUCGAAUCCAAACGGCACGGAACUAGUGUGGGACAAUGUUCGAACGAAUUGGCCCAAACUAGUCGAUCGAUUCACUCUGAACAGCCGAUACUUGGGCAGCUUGAUACCUGAUAUCACUGAGACCUUCAAUACGGAACAAAGGUUGAAAGAGAUGGAACAAUUCUUCGCCCAAUACCCAGAAGCGGGCGCAGGAGAGUCGGCCCGCACGCGAGCGUUGGAGACCGUACGCAACAACAUCAAGUGGUCGGCCACACACCUCAACGAUGUCUCUACGUGGUUGCAAGAAGCUGUCAAUAAUCAGAAACACUAAAUGUAUCAAUUAUUAAUUAUUCAACUUUAUUAACAAUAAGUGUUUUCGUAUUAUUCUCUGCUAACAGACUCCUGCGACAAAUUCAGCGGUAAGGCUGCCUGUCCACUAAAGCGGAGCAAGGGAACGUAGCGGAGAAACAGACUAAAGGUCCGUUUAAAGAGACAGAAACAGUGCGUCACAGACAAGUAACGUGUUACGUG